AGCAAGCACCACACCAUGUCAACGAAAAAGCGAAAGGUUGUAGAAGGCGGUUCUAUCAAGCCAGCGACCUUUGACAAUGACACGAACGACACACCCCUUCUAGUCACCCUCCCAGACUUCCCAACGAAACCCCAUUCUGUCAAAUUUCAAACAUUUGUACGUGGUGAAAAUGAGUCGGGGGCUGUACGGAAGAAGCGUCGUAUUGUGGUGGGCCAAACCUCGAAACUUGAAUAUGUUGGAGAUAAUGCUGGGAACAAGCGCUAUUGCCGAUAUGUCAUCGGUGUAUUUGAUAAGAACACCAAGCAGCUCACGCUGCGUGAAUCCGAUGCAUUUCGCAUGGCCACAACAGUCAAAACACUCAAGCGGCACGAAUCUAAGCAUAUUGCGGAGAAGAAUAUGCUCGCACGAAAUGCCCUUGGUGAGGCCUUUGGAACAAAGAAGCGUCGUCAAGCCAUCCGAGCACUGGAGAAGAACGUAGUUGAUGUGCGGGGCAUGGCGGAAGUUGAGGAUGUAAUAAAGGGCGCCAUUGACGAAAAGGCGGCAACGCUUCCGAGCAGGGAGGAGAUUCGGCAAGAGGCACAGCUCGACAGGUGUAUACCGCCUUACAACCUUCAGGCUCAAUCCCCCGCCGAUGUGUACAACGUGGAGGACAUCAUAACUCCCGCGGAACUCCAAGCGAUUCCCUUCAAGCAGAUAUGGAGAGCCAGAUCUGCAUCUGACGUUAAGGAGCUUCUCGAGCCCAUAUCGCCUACAUCAUGGGUUUGGGACAAGAUUCACGUUUGUCUACAGGUCAAGGAUGAUAGCGUCAGGAUGCGGAGGCUCAUUUAUCUUGCGUAUCUGAUGAAAUUCCAUGGUUUCAAAGACAAGGAUUUGAACAGCCAGGCAGUUGGAAAGAGGCUCGGAGGAGCACCGCAGAUUGUUGCGGAGAGGCUGAUGAAUGAAUUCACAGAGUUUCAAGAAGAUGAGGGAAGGAGACGAUAUCGAAUGUCGCCCAAGUUGCAAGAUAAGCUGCGAGCUUACAUAUUGACUUUAUGCCUGAUUCUCAACGACUUCAAGGUGGACGCCAGUCAAAUAGCACGGGACUUGGGUAUAGCAGUCAACAAAAUGAACGACAUUGCAAAAGAAUUGGGAUGCAAACACCAACAAGUCAAGAACGCCGAAGGCAAAUCGACGAAGAGGAUGGCGCUCACUGUUCCUCUUGUCUUCCCACAAAGAACACGUUGAAGAGGCUUUCUCUAUGGUGGGCCGGUGCUCAUGACUAUAGAUUCAAUGCAUAUAUAAUUAGCGCCGAUGUGAAAAUCAAUAGACUUGGGUUCGAAGUCUUAUUAUUUUCCAGUUAGCCCAUUCUGAGUCCCCCGGAUGUUUUACAUGGAAUGAUGCGCUAUCCUGGGAAAAAUAUAUACGGUUCACAAUUUGCCGGGUAGCGUCUCCUGG